AUGAAACCCGGAUUGAGACGGGGCCAUGAGAUCAAUGAGAAGAACCAGAUGGAAAUCUUCUCCAUUUUGAUUCUUGUAUUAGAUCUUAACGAUUUUCUGCAGAAGCCCAGGAGCUUUCUGCAUUCGCUCAGACAAUAUUCAUUUACCAAACAGUAUCCAUUUUGUUUUGAGGUUCGACGUGCGGUUAAAUUAAUGCAACUGUUGCAAUGGACUCUCGAGCUGAAUACUGUCAGUUCCACCAUCUCUUAUUCGGUGAAGCCCGAUUUGGCAUUCUCUUUGUUAAAACGAUACUAUGCUGCUCACCUUCUUCAUUGUCCGAUCUCCAGAACUGAAGAUGCACUUUCGGAGUCCAUGACGGUUCAAAUCACUCCAAAAGGCACUGCCACGGUGUAUAAUUUUUGGAAAAGCAUGGGGUUGACACGCGAAAAGAUGCCUCUGGUGGUGAAAUCAUCUUUCAAUUCCAUUCAUAUGUUUUCGUUCGAUAGAUCCCAUCCAGGAAACAAGUUAUUGUACUCCGAGUACCUUCUCUACAUCCUCAUCACUCAGAUGAUGGGCCCCACACCUAAUGUGUGGUCGUCGAGGCAGUCUCCGUGUAUGGUCAAGUGCAUAGCAGAUGAUGAACACGUCUCAAUAUCGUCCUUAUCAUUCUCAAGCGAGGUCAUGGCCCACCACUUCGGUGAUCUCGUUCAACCUUCAAGAAUAUUCGUGAGUCCAUUCCACCACAAGUACUUCACCAACCCUGAAUCGGAUGCUCAUAUCCAGUACUACGAAUCGGAAUCGGGCUUGAGGGUAUUUCAGAACAAAGUGUUCAAGACCGAAGAGAGAGAAGUCAUCAUUAACUUCUGCUUCACCGGUAAGGCGAUCUCACAAUGGCUCUUGGAUUGUACCGUUCUUUCAAGCCGGGCCGAAACGUUGGAUAUUGGAAAUCUUCUCCUUAAGUAUGGCCUUUUGACUCCAAUUACGUUGGCAGCUUCCGCAGGUAAGUUUUCGGCCCACAAGGAGGCAUACUAUAUUCUAAGUCCCAGAGGAGAGCGUGCUUGCCGGUGGAAUAGUGAAAUACUGGGGUUGGAAUCGUUGGGAUCUAUUGACCUGCGACAAGACAUCCAAUUGUAUGAAGAAAGUAGUCGAAAAGUGAAUUUAAAAUCAGUUCUCCUCGACCCUGGUAUGAGAUAUUUGUUCAAGCAACAUAUGGAAAAAGAGCGAUGCUCCGAGAAUCUCAUAGCUUACCUCAACUUGGCAGAGUUUGCAAAGCUGAAGAGCCAAUUGUCCCAACUCUUAAAGAUCCACUCCGGGCUUCUGGAUGAAGUGAAGAAGGGCCGCUUGGCAAGCAUUAUUGAGAACCAGGCAUGCAUCUGCUACUCGUUGGCAUUCCACUUGUAUCUGACCUAUCUUAGUCUGGAGUCCAUGUAUGACCUCAAUAUUGGAUUUGGCUUGCGGCAAGAGAUUAUAAGCGUGAUGGAGCAAGCAAGAGAAUCUGAUUUUCUUGACAGUCCUCUGAUGAGCACACCUCAAGUUGACUACAUGAAAACUCCCGUUUGUGAAACGGUUCUUGACUUCUCUGAAGAGAUCGUGCCAAUCAAGCCUGCGUUUGAACGUCCCGCCUCGUGCACCGUUGAGCUGCCUACCCUAAUGCUUAACUCCGGCAAGAUGCUGUUGGCGGAGAUUAUGUCUGCCUUAAGUCGGAUCUACGAUGUCUUUGGCAAGAUUGCGUCCUCUAUCUACAGACUCAUGGAGGUUGACUCGUAUCCAAAGUUUGUGAAGAGCGAAGAAUACUUGUACGCAGUGGAUAUCGAUACACAUAGAUCGUGA